AUGCGGCGCAUACUCUCGUACCGAAAUUUCAUGCUAACAGUUGAUCUUAUCAAUCAGGAAAAACUUACGGUAAACACUUUAUGCAACCUCGCCGUCUUCCUGGCCACACUGGACAAGCCUCCUGUUGAAGUCCCCAUCGAUUUUAUCAGAUCACUCGACAGAGCUAUUCAGGGCCGCGAGGAAUUCACCCCGCAACUUGAGACGAAACUCAAGAUCAAAGGGGACGAUGAGCAUGUGCAUUUCACUUGCAGACUGCUUGACAUCAAGCUCCUACUAGAGGAUCGAGUCGAGAAGCAUCCCGCAAACAGAAAUGAUGCAACAACGACAGCACCGUCCAGAAACCCGUUCUUCGCCUUGAGCUUAGAGAUGACUGUAGAUCAGCCCUUCGAGGAGCAUAUCAACACGGCCUGGCGACUAUACAAGAGUGGUGCAAUUGCCCUUGAGAUUGCAGCUUUGACGACGAACAUCAGCAUUCGGGUCGCGCGAGGUGCAGAGUCAGACAUGCAAGACCUCAUGAACCAGCAUGGUGGCUACGAAACCGUGCUACGCAAGCUAUGCGAGGACCAACGCAGUACAGCGCCCGCCACCGACGAACCCGACACCAUUUCAGACUUCGCUUUACACUUUCGAAGUGUUCUUGACUCUAUUCGCGGAUUCUUUGAAACAUGUCCGAUAUUGAGGCAACACUCUGUCAGCCUCGCAGACAAGCUGGCAGUGAUCAGGUCAAGCCUGCUGGAAUUCUUCGCUCUAGAUACGGGCAAUAUCAAGACGAUCAUUGUUCUCAUGUUAGUCAUCAAGGAGCGACAAAUUGAACUCCCUGCCCUGGACGAGACUAUGGUAGGAUGGUCUGGCCUGUUGAAUGGUGGACCUCCAUCGGCAUGGAUAUGCUUCGCGACUGAUGUUGUCGCCAACAUCCAUGCCAUAAUGGAUGCACAGCUCACCGAACCAUACGAGGACCUGUCCGUGAGAGCGCGCGCAAUCUCUACUUCCAUUUCAGAAACACUGAAGUACCAUGAAGCUCUGGACGUUGGAAAUUGGGCAGAGAAGAACGACAACCAGUUGCGAGAAAUCAAUCAGGUCAUCCAAGCAUGGAUUGCAAAAGAUCCCGUCGCCAAAGCUGCGAAUAAGGUGACCACAAACAUCGAGCAGUUCCAGCUGCUAAGAAUUCACCCGCUUUUGAGCGGUACCUUCCUAUGCGAUCUGCAAGUACGGACGCAUCUUGUGUCCAUCGAUCUGGUAAACGCAUGGGGUGGAGUAAUCCGUGCCGCCCACGUGUAUGAAGCAGGACAUCAACUCAAACACUUAAGCCCAGGUACAUGGCCCCGUAUGGAUACGGUCACAAAGAGGCAAGGGCGUGGUGCACUCUUUGUGGGAGACUCCCAUGUGGAAUCUGAGAAGCAGUACUUCGCGUACUUCCAGAUGGCCUUGGGUUGCUCCGCAGCAGUGUUCGGAAAGAACAGACGACCCGACCCCAACCGAAGAAGCCGGGUGGACGAGAACAAAGCCAAAAAGCUACGUCAUUCCGCUAAACUCACAAUAGCUCUUAGCAAUCUCGUUGGGAAGGCCAACAAUGAACAGGGGAUAUCUCAAAAAGCGCUGAGCCUGUUGCUAGGAGAGGAGAAGGGCGAAGCCCUAGCUGUCGACUAUCUACAAUUGCACAGAACGUGCUGGCGGUGCUUUUCUCAACUCAAGGACGUGACCGACGCCGAAUACGUGAUGGGGAAUAUGUCGGGCCACCUGCCCAUGAACAACGUGCCAGACGGGUUCUUCCUUGUCGCUGGAUGCGAAGAGCUAGAUAAGCUCCUAGAAGCAGACGAGCAGGCGAAGCAGACUGAUAAUACCGAUAUUCCGCAUUCAAAGACGGCGAAGAAGAAGAAGAAGAAGAAGAAGAAGAAGAAGAAGAAGAAGAAGGAGAAGAAAACCAGUACGAUUAAUACCAAAGGGGAGUCCGGGCUUAGCAGCAAGGCUGCGGAAGGCGGCGAUGAGGCCGGCGAUCCCAGUGAGCUUCAGCUAUAG